GCCUUGGGCAGCCGUCUCAAGUCCGAGCGGCUCCGCAUGCGGCUUUCUUCAGCAGGCUGCGCAAAUCUCGACCUCAUGCAUCUCCCCGAGAAGUGUCCUACUUUUCCAGAGGCGAAGAUCGAGGACAUCCGCCUGCGCUACCUGGCGUCGGCAGGCAAUCUCCUCGUUUGCUUGGAGCCUGGCCCGCCUUUGGACCUUUGCAGGAGGUUCGACCCAGAGCUCCGGCGCACCGUGCUGGUGGGGGCCGCCGCCUCGCAGGUAAACCGCGGAGGUGACGACCUGUUGCCAGCCUCUGUGCUCUGUGGCCCUGACGCAGCGUCAUCUCUGGAGGAGCGCUUCGCCAAGCUCUGCCGCGAUCGGGCCCCGCAGUGGCUGGCCAGUCUAGAGAAGUUGGAGCUGCGGCUGUCGAAAUCCAGCCAGGAAGCUCGGGAAAUCGAGCAGAAGGAGCAUGCUGGCGAAGUGCUCACCAAAGCUCGCUCAGCCGGCUUUUCCUUUGGCAGGGCACUACAGGAGGUCAUUGGAGGAUCGCCUGGCUGCUCGGCCGGCGCUUUGACCUUGGAGGAGGAGCUGGUCGAGUUUGCCUCGGCCGCGGCGCGGGGUCAUUGCGGGGCUGGAGACUUCCUCCUGGGCAAGGAUGCGGCGUCGUCAGCUGCAGACCUCUUUGUUUUGUUCGGAGGCGUGGAGGGCUAUGCCAAGUACCUCCGAGACCAGGUGAAGAUAUCCGGCGCCGACGUGGCGCUGAAUGGCGGUGCGGCCUGGCGGCGGCUCCUGGCGGAGCUGGAGGUGGCAGUCCGAUUGGCGCAUCCUCCAGAGGAGUCCAUCAAGAGCAUCGCCCAGGCGGCCAUCUGCGCCGGAGGUGACCGGCCCGAUCUUGUGAAUUGGGGUAAUCUUCUACCUUUGAAGGUCACCCCAUCAAGCAGCAGCAGCUUCGUGGACAUCUACCACAAACUACUGUUCGCUUCGGAGAUGUCAGUCGAUGUCGUCAGCGCAGUCGAUCUUAUCAACCGGCAAGCGGUUCUGAAGAGCAGCCAUCGGUUUGGGUGGCAUGAAGACCGUGGCACCGUGCACCGGAUGGUCCAAGUUACGGCAAGCAACAAGAGGCAAACGGCAAGGCUACCCCUUGACUGCCGGCUCUCCAUCGCCUUCGAACCGAUCCUCCGUCGCGUGCGCUACGUCGCUGCCCGGGUGAUCUGGCUGCUGCGCCACCAGAAGCUGGCAGUUUCCGAAUGGAUGUCCUUCCUGGCUGAGGGCCCGGGAGCUAGGAUCAAUUCUCCGCUCUUCUCGCAGCACCUGGGUGUUCUUCGAUCCUCGCCGGUGGUCCGAGACCUCGUUUUCGGUGCCUUCGAUGACGCGGUGGGGGCGGUAGGCGAACAGCUGCUGAAGAAUCUCACCGGCACCCUCACGGCAGCGUGCAUCAACCCGGAGAUCAUGCUGAGGCGAGGGAGUCUGGUUAGGGUUUAG